AUGGCUGUCUCGAUGAUAAGCUCGUGGUUCGGCACUUGCGAGAACGCCUCUUUGAUCUGCUCAUCGGCCUGGGCGAGCACGUCGGGAUUGAUCUUCUUGCCCUUCUGUCUCAUCUCGUUCUCUGCAAGAGCUUUGGCCAGAGCCACCACCACAGACUUUUCUGCAAACUGGAUACGCAGCGAUCCUUCGAGCGAUCUCAUGAGGAACUUGGCCUCGCGGGAGUCGCACGAUGUGAGCAUCUUGUUGAUCAUGGCCAGCUUCUUGUUCUGCGAGGACGAGCCCGAAAGCCCAGCGAUCUGCUUCAGGUUGUUAAACACCUGGCUCACAGUGAGAGGUUUGGGUUUAAACAUCAGACUCUGUUUGGAACGCGACUUUUGCGCAACGAGACCAAUGUCUCCGUAUUCGCCCAUGUCCUCUUUCAACUGCUGCAUCGAACGUCCUGUGCCAGAGGCAAGGGCCUUCAUCAGCAGAGUCUCGCCCAAUCCCAGUUCCAGUCCCUCAGCCAGUGAGCUUGUAAACAUCCUCAAAGUACUCCUUGGUCAACUCGAACGGCUUGGCGGUCAAGUUAGGGAUGUACUUGCCAAUCAAGCUGGCUGGCUUAACAGCAGACUUUGGAAUCUUCUUCACCAAGAAUCUCUGGAAAGGCUUAACACCAGAUCUCAGAUAAGAAGAGUGGAAAGGAACAGAGAUUCCCUUCAAUGGAAUACAUGCGAAUCCUCUCUCCAAGUCGAUAGGCUGUGGCUUGGCCAAGGACUUCUUGGAGACCUCGUCCACAAUCUCACUCAAAUGCUCGGCAACCUUCUCGAGCGACAUCAUCUCCUGCAAUUUGACAAUGUCGAUCUUUUGCACCUUAAACACAUUCAAUGUGUUGGUCAAAGAGUCAAGAGCUCUCAAGUCACCAGCGGCAACGUAUUGCUGGUUCUCCACGUUGAAGUUGACAAUCUCCAACAACCAGCCGGUCUGUUUGCUGAUGUGCUCAACAACGAAUCUCAGGGCAGAGUCGUUGAAAGUGAAGGUGGUAGUGUUCUCGUCGAUAUCCUUAAAGAUCUUUUCAGAUCUGAGUUUUCCAUCUUCGUCAAUAGUUUCAAACAUCAUGGUAAUGUAGUUCUCUCUAAUGGCUCUACCCUUUGGACCUCCAAAGUAGACGGUCAACUCGUUAGGGUUGUUCUUCACGAUGUCCAAAAUAGAGAAACCGUAGUUGUUGAUGAAGUGCUGGUCGGCUCUGUCCCACACCUCCUUGGCAACCUCAGAGGAGUUGUACAGAUCCAUACCCAUACCUUGUUCCUGGGAACCUUGACCAGUGAACACAAAGGUAGAAACUGGUUGGUCGAUCUCGGCCUCUCCAGUCAAGACGACUUCAUCGGUCUCAACCUUUCUAGUCUCGAUCUUGAUGAUCUUUCUACCGUUGAUCAUAGCAACGUGCUCGAGCUGAGUGGAGAACAUACCGUGGGUGAUGGUACCAGGCAAGUUAGCGUAGGAAGCAAACACCUUAGAAACGUGGAUAGGGUUGAAGUCACCAGAAACAGCGGCGUAAAUCUCGUUAGAACCUGGUGCUUUGGUAACCAAUGCUCCAGACAAUGGAACAGGGUUAGGAAGCUGGACAGGUUGCUCGAUUGGGCUACCGUUUCUGCUCAAGUAGUCGACAACAGGGUUUCCGUGAGAAACACCGGCUCUGUAAGAGAUCUCAGCAACUUGCUUGAUCUCCUUAGAUGGCAUCUCGUAGUAAACCGCACCAGUGGUCUUAACAGAAGAGUAGACAUUUUGGUUCUUGAAGUAGUAGACAGACUUGCAUCUGAAAGUCAAAGUCUUACCCAAGAGGUCAAUUGGCUCGGAGCCAAGGUGGAACCACUCCUUCGAUUGCAGAACAGCAACGUCCUUGUCGCUCUCAAGACGAACCUCCAUUGGAGUCUCGGUAAUCUUCUCGAAAGUGUUUUCGAAGUCGGUGUAAGAACCUCUGUAGAAGAAAGCGGAGGUCACCUCCAUGAUGGCCUUGCCAGCUCUGUAGAUGGUACCAACAACCUGGACAGUCUUACCGGUAGGACCGUUGACAACAGAAACAAUUUCAGCAUCGGAAGAAACCUCAUCACCAGCCUUGAGCAAUUCAGCACCUGGCUUCAUACUGUAAGCGUUGGACAAGUGAACCAACUUAAGAAUGUCUCCAUCAACAGUUUUAGGGAAGAUAGCCUUCAUGAUGGCUCUCCAACCAACAACAAUGGCGAAAUCCAUUGGGGCCAAUUGGUCUCUUCCAACUCUUGGAACGAAGAAUUCACAAGAGUUACCGACAGCAUGAGUGAGCUCUGCAAUAGAGAGCGGAGUGAUCUUGGUCAAACCACCAUCGAUUUUAGAGCUAACGUCGAAGUCAAGGUCAACAGGAACCUUGGAACCGAACCACACCUUCCAGUAGAACUCCUUGAUUCUAUUGUUUCUACCCUUGGUAACUUCCUGGAUAGGAGCGAAACCGUCAGAUUUCUUGUAGGUGUAGAGCAACUCCAAAGCAACUGGGGUGCCAUCAGCGGUUCUGUGUUCAAUCAAUUCCAUCUUGAUCAGAGAGUCGGCAGCAGAGAUUCUGACAAUCUCCUUUUCCUUACCCUUGAUUUGACCAAACAGGGAAAUGACGGUCUUAGAUGGGGUAUCUGGAUGGAAGACUCUGACCUUGUAAUGCUCAGAAGGAGCCAACACCUUCUUGACAGGGUUCUCAACAAAGUUGUAACCUUGAACAGAUCUGUCAGCAGAGAUGAAGGCGUGUCUCCAGUUCAAUUCAGAACCGGCUAA